CAGCAACCUAAACCGCCGUCAACCGUUGGUUUCUCAGCGCCAAAUCGGCUCGUAUUAUCUGCGCAUCGUCACGAUUGCGCUGUUAUCUACCUAUCCAAUUCCGCCAACCCCCGAACAUCGUACACAAUGGCCGAGUCAGAGCUGAGCCCCAAGUUCGCGCCCUUCAUUGGCAUGGGCGGUAUCGCCGCAGCCAUGAUCUUUGGCUGCAUGGGCGCGGCUUAUGGCACCGCCAAAUCCGGCAUUGGCAUUGCAGGCGUGGGAACGUUCCGUCCGGACCUGAUCAUGAAGUGCCUCAUCCCCGUCGUCAUGUCCGGUAUUCUCGCCGUGUACUCGCUCGUAAUCUCCGUCCUCAUCGCCCAAGACUUGCAACCGCCGAGCUUCGGGUCCAACUAUAGCUUGUUUAAUGGAUUCAUGCAUCUCGCAUGCGGGCUGUCAGUCGGCCUCACCGCCCUCGCCGCCGGCUACUGCAUCGGCGUCGUCGGCGACAAGGGCGUCAGGUCGUACAUGCUGCAGUCCAGAGUCUUCGUCGGCAUGGUCCUAAUUCUCAUUUUCGGCGAAGUGUUGGGGCUCUACGGCCUCAUCGUUGCUCUCAUCCUCAACACCAAGAGCAAGGGCUAAACAGAGCGGGUGUAGUUUUGGUUCACAAGGAGUUGUGUACAAAAGUUGUAUACAAGUUGCGCGUCGACUGACGGGGUGUCAUUAGUAGUAGCAUUUGGCCCGGCGUUGACGGAUGUAUACUUGAUUCAUAGUAGGGUCAUGAACGAGACAGGCACGGCAAAGAAUUUGAAAUUUCACAUACAUCCAGGAUCUA